UUGGUGUAGAAAAAUCUAUAAUGUUCAGCAGAAUCAGAUUCGCCCACAAGAAAUCGCCGAUUUCAUCUCCGAAAAACGUGUUCUCAAUGUUCCUUUAUCUGUAGAAGACCUUGAAAAAAUCCUGGAUGUUGCAGUUUUAGAUGGAACUAUUGAGAGAAGAGCAGAUGGGAAGAUUCGAGCUUGUCCACCACGAGUUAGCGCAUCUCCACUGGUUUCAGUUCCUUGCGCAGUUUGUCCGGUUGUUGAAGAUUGUCGACCUGGUUAUAGUAUUUCACCGGAAACUUGUCAAUAUAUGAAACAAUGGCUCGAUGGAUUAUAG